AUGGCGAACUUGGUCAAGGCCGCAUACGAGCAUGUCUUUGCAGAGCAUCACGAGGUGACUUCUGUCGUGUUUAACCCCACGUUUUGGAACGUUGUUGCGCAGAACGGAUGCUACCUGCUUGCUGUGUCGAUCUUUUCGCUGGGUCUGCUGCGUGAUGCACUGUACAACCACGCAUUGCUGGAGCAGCCGACCGCCGCAGUCCUUUUGCAUCCCGCCGUGCGCAUCCUUGCCGUGGUGCUGUUUACCGCCGGAAACGUGUUUGUGCUUACAUCCAUGUACGCAUUGGGCGUCACAGGCACGUACCUGGGCGACUACUUUGGCAUUCUCAUGGACCACAUGGUGACCAGCUUCCCGUUCAGUGUUGUGGCGGACCCCAUGUACGUGGGCUCGAGCAUGAGCUUUACAGCCGUGGCUCUUUGGCGCGCGAAGCCUGCGGGCCUGGUUCUCAGCGUUGUGGUCAUGCUGGCGUACGCUAUUGGGAUGCGCUACGAGGGUCCUUUCACUGCUAUGAUUUACCGUGAGGCUGCGGCUCAGAAGAAUGGGUCUAAUACGAGCGGUACUCCCAAAUCCAUUCCGACGACGCCCGCAAAGAGCGAGAAGCCGUUCGCAGCGCAGCCCGUGCAUGCGUACGGCACACGCUCGCAGUCGCGCCGGCGCAUUUGA